GAUGGACGUAGACGAAGGUGCAAGCUCCUACUUUCUCGCCGAAACUUUUGCCUUGAGUGACGCAGAUGCUCUGGGCUGGAAGACCGAUGCUGCAACCCAAAAAGCGUGUUUGAAAUACCUUGAGGAAGUCAAUAAUCAGUGCCCUUCAUUAAAGACAUUAUUCAAUCAAAUUGAAUGCGAGAAAUACUGCCUUCCCGACGAAACAGAUGAGGUAUGUAGAAAGAUUUGGGAUCCCGAGAGUUCGGGAUAUUCAAAAAGCAGAAUUCCGCGUGGAAACCAGUCGGUUUACUACGACGCUGAGUCUAAUACGUGCAAGAAUUUCUCGACACUUGGCUGUCUAGGAAAUGCGAAUAACUUUGGUAGCAUGAAGAGCUGUGAGGACAAAUGCAUCCGCACUGCUUCAAAAUUGCCAUUCAUAAACACAACUGGAACUUGCUUUGUCACUGGGAGAGAUCAUUUCAACACGUUUGAUAACACGCCCUACAGAUUCUUUCAGGAAAAUUGUUCACAAAUGCUUGUCUUGGACAAAGAAAAUCCGGAGGAGUUUAAGGUGGUCCUGAACGGGAAUUCGGGUUGCGAAAUGAUUUAUCCUUGUCAGAAAUCUCUGGACUUGAUUUUAGAUGGUGCGAAAGUAUACCUUGGAGCUAAGACCAACACUACGUUUAUCGUGAAAGUCAAUGAUAAAUCGGUUGAUCUUCCAUAUACGGAUUCGUGGCCUUAUGUCAAAAAGAGCGGCCGUUAUGUUUUGGUGAAAUCGCAAGAUCACAUCAACAUUCUGUGGGACGGUGUACAAGAUGUCAUUAUCAAAGUUCCGGAUAGCUAUAAGCACUCUAAGGAGCAUAAGUUGGUGGGUCUGUGCGGUCUUUUUGACGCGAACCGUACGAACGACUUUACUGACAUCGAAGGCAAUGUAAGGGGGAAAGAGGAUAUCAAAGACUUCGCGGACAGCUUCAAACAGGACGUCAGUUGCGGUAACAGUCAGAAUAGCAAGCCCCCCAAUAGAACAGCCAGUGACAUACGCGAAAUCGAGGAAAAGUGUAGUUUGUUGGGGGACAUGUUCGGCCCUUUCGGGCCGUGCCAUAAUUCUACCGAUUACCGGCCUUUUAUGGGAGUGUGCAUGUCGGACUUGUACGAAACUAGCAAGCAAUUCUGGGACGAAGCGAAAUGCGACUCGUUCGCCCUCUACGCCCGUGUUUGCGCAUGGUUCCACCGUACGUCGGUCAAAGGAUGGAGGACGCCGAAUAGUUGUCCAAUCACGUGCCCAGCUGGAUUCGUGUACAAUGAAUGUGGAUCGUCGUGCCCACUGAAUUGCCGAAAUCUCAACAGCAAAAAUGCCGGUUGUAAUUCGCCCUGCACUGACGGAUGUCAUUGCCCUGAAGGAAAGUGGCUGGACGGCAAUGUUUGUGUUGAAAAAAGCAAGUGCUCCUGUAUGUAUCGAAAAGUAGUCUACCCUAAUGGAGCGCAAAGAGUGGAACCUUGUGAAACAUGUACUUGUAACGGUGGAGAGUGGUUGUGUUCAAAGAAGCCCUGUCCAGGAACUUGCUCCGUCAUUGGCGACCCUCACGUCACAACUUUUGACGGCAAGACGUACACCAUGCAUUUGAAGGAAUGCUCGUAUGUAAUGUCAGAGCAGUGUCACAUGCCUAAUGGAGUAGGCCGGGGUUACUCCAUUACCAUUCGUAACAGGAACUGCACAGCAAUGUACGCAAAUUGUAAACGGGAAGUGCUAGUGAAUGUCACUGGCCAACCUUUCUUGAUUUUGGACGUCGAGGAUGGUACCAGUAAGCCGACUGCUUCCAUCGAGACUCAAAGUGGCAGCGUGACGAGUGUCAAAACGGAUUACUCCGCCGAGAAGAUGGAUGUCGAAUUUCUUGGUGACCGAAACAUUUUUGUUCGUGUCAACCUUGGGAAUGGAGUGGCAUUUUCUAUCCACUGGACUGGCUACAACAUUUACUUGACCGUGAACUCGACGUUAAAAGACCAAACAUGUGGUCUUUGUGGUACAUUCAAUGAUAUGAAAGAGGAUGACUUCCACAUGCGCAGUAAUGACGACAUAGUGUCCAUCGACGAAUUCGCCAAGGAAUGGCUGAUCCCAGAUCUCUCCGAUGAAAAAUGCGAGACAGAGAGCGUGGUAAGCUCGAUUAACUACUGCAAUAUUUAUCAACAAAACAAACAGUGGACUCUUGAUCAGUGUUUCAAAUUAAAAAAUACUUCCCUUCCGUUCGCUGCCUGUCACAGCGAGGUGAGUGUGUUGGAGUACUAUGAAAAGUGUGUUCAAGAUGGAUGUCGAUGCAAGGGAUGCCUGUGUAAAGUCAUAGCAGGGUAUGCAAAGGCCUGUGCGGACAAGGGGAUUGAUGUGAACGGAUGGAGAAACUUAGUUUCCAGCUGCGCGGAAGAUUACCAGUGCGGUGCAGACAUGAAGCUUGAGCAAUGUCAUAGACAUAACAACGGCUCAUUAGCUUGUCCUCAGACUUGCGAGGAUCUAAAUCCCGACCAAGACGGAGAUUGCAGGAGACGUGGCUGCGUAGAAGCUUGCUACUGUAAAAAUGAGGAUCAGGUUCUGAGGAGCAAUAAAUGCGUGCUAAAGGAGGAAUGUCCUUGUUACUUUGAAGGGAAAGAGUACGAGAAGGGAGCCACACGAUUUGUCCGAUGCAACACUUGCACUUGCAAAGGAGGUGGACAGUGGGAGUGUACAGAUGACGACUGUGAUAAAAUGUGCGCUAAGGAAGGAAAGGUGUACUCAGACUGCGGUCUUACAUGCGACAAUUACCUGAUGAGUGACAUCUCACGACAGUCCCGGUGUAAGCGGGGAUGUUUCUGUCCUGGUGAUCAACUGCUCCUUGAGAACGGAACAUGUGUGGAAAAGAAUCAGUGUGGCUGUAAACACAACAACAAGAUUUACCAGAAGGGUGAAACCAACCCAGUUGAUUGCUCAAAAACUUGCAACGGCGCUCGUGAAUGGAUCUCUGACAACAUGAUCAAUCCGUCGCCGGAAUACGAGUGCGCCGCAACGGGUCAGGAUCAUUAUCGAUCAUUUGAUGGAAGAUGGAUCAAGUUUCAUCAGGAGAGCUGCAAGUUUACCAUGAUGAAAGAAGAUACUGUCGAAAUCUCUGUCAAGAACGAACCAUGCAGGGAUUCACUGGAGUUGCAGAUGUGCAAACGAGUUGAAAUUAAAUUAGAGGGAGGAGCAACUGUGGAGUUGUUCCAAAAGGAAUUUAGCAUUAUUCAAAAUCCGAAUACAAAAACUUACAAACCCGGACAAUAUCCCGAGCCGUGCCGGAUGAUGUCAGACCUUCCUAAUGUAGAGAUUUUUCACGUGGGGUUGUUCCUUAUCGCUCGUAUUUACGAGAAAAAUAACCCUUUCUUCGUUAAAUUUGAGGUUCGAUUUGACCAAGGUUCCCGGGUAUACAUUACGCCCAAUCCAGCCUAUAGGAAGGCUGGCAAGCUUUCUGGUCUGUGUGGCAACUUCAACGGACUCGUUCAGGAUGACCUGCGGCUUCGCGAUAAUGUCACGGCAAAUGAUGACGUUGAGUUUGGUUAUGAUUGGAAAGAUGACGAUGACUGCCCCCGUCCAGUGUCUCUUGAUCCUUGUUUGUCAAAUCCAUCUCGCCAAGGCUGGGCCGAGAAAGGUUGCAACGAGAUCAAGAGAAAUGCCAACUUCAAAGCAUGCCACGAUACUGUGGACCCUGAGCCUUACUUCCAGGCCUGUAAGCACGAGUCUUGCCUCUGCAACAAAGGAGGGGAUUGCGCAUGUUUCUGUUCAGCGAUAGCAACUUACGUUCGAGCCUGUAAUCAGAUGGGCAUCUCAAUCACGUGGCGUCGUGAAGGCUUUUGCGAACUACCAUGUUGUCGUCCCUGUGAAAAUACUGGUGGUUACCUUGCCAACAUUAGUUUACCUUCAACUUGCGAGCAGACUCCAAAGGAUUGCGAAAAACUGGGGGCAAGGUGCUGCCGAGGACCCCGUGUGGAAGGGUGUUCAUGUCCCAAUGGAACGUUCUUCGAUGGCAAGAAAUGUGUUAAUCAGACAAGCGAGUGCGAGAGGCCUUGCGUUGGCUCAUCCACUGUCACGCUCUCCACAUCAAGUGUGUCAAGUACAAGCAGCAUCAGCAUUUCAAGUUCCUCGAGUGCAAGCACAUCUACCUCAACAUCCUCAAGUACAAGCACAAGUACUUCUACAUCAGUGUCCACCAGUGUGUCUACCUCUGCCUCAACCAGUGUGAGCACUACUUCAUCGGUGUCAACGAGUGUAUCAACAUUGGUCUCAACUGGUAUUCCUAGCAGCUUAAGUACGUCAACGUUGACCUCGAAGUCUACCCCAACCAGUAUAUCUACGUCGAUAUCUACUAGCUUGUCCAGUUCACCGCUAUACACUCAAGGUCAAUCAUCCUACGGUGCAAGUGUAUCAAAAUCAGUUUUUAAUGUGUCUUCGACCAAGUCAACGUCCGAGGCGAUAUUUCCCCCACUCUCGUCAUAUCAACGAUUUUCAGAGAAAACAACAGCCACUGUGUUCCCCUCGUCUGCGUACAGUUUGUCCUCUAAUGAACAGUAUUCAAUACCUACAUCAAGUAGGAAGCCGCCGAGUUUGAAGCCUCCGACGACAUCUUCUACAUCAAGUGUCUCAUCUUCCAGUAAAUCUAUAUCAACUUCAACAAGCACCUCAAUAAGUUCAAGCUCAAGCUCAAGCUCUAAAAGUUCAAGCAGGUCGACUAGUGUUUCCACAAGUGUAUCAACUUCAUUAAGUACAAGUACUUCCACAUCAACCUCAACAAGUGUCAGUACUUCGUCAUCACUAUCCAGCAGUGUGUCAACCUCAACCUCAACAAGCGUAUCUUCAUCAGUUAGCACCAGCACGUCUAUUACAACGUCAUCAUCAACAAGCACUAGUACACCAACAACGUCAGUUUCCACCACGUCAUUAAGUGCCAGCACAAGUACUUCAGCAUCAGUGUCCACCAGUGAGUCUACCUCCACUUCAAAAAGUCUAAGUACUUCAACUUCAGUGUCCACUAGUGUGUCUACUUCAACAUCAACUAGUGUAAGUACACCAUCAACUUCAGUUUCCACUACAUUGUCAAGUGCCAGCACAAGUACUUCAACAUCGGUAUCCACCACUGUCUCCACUUCAACCUCAACAAGUAAAAGCACACCAACAACGUCAGUGUCUACGACAUAUUCAAGUGGCAGCCUAAGUACUUCAACAUCAGUGUCUACUAGUGCGUCUACCUCGACGUCAACAAGUAAGUCGACAUCAACCUCAACCUCUGCCUCAACAUCAACUAGUGUUUCGACUUCUGUCAGCACAAGCACUUCAACAUCAACAUCGGCAAUGUCCACCAGUGUAUCUACAUCAACUUCGACUAGUGUGAGUACACCAACAACGUCGGUUUCCACUACAGUAUCAAGUGCAAGUACAAGUACCUCAACAUCACUGACGACUAGUAUGUCUACAUCCACCACAACUAGUGUGAGUACACCAACAACAUCAGUUUCCACUACAUUGUCAAGUGCUAGCACAAGUACUUCAACAUCAGCGUCAACUAGUGUGUCUACCUCAACCUCUGCCUCAACAUCAACUAGUGUUUCGACUUCUGUUAGCACAAGCACUUCUACGUCAACAUCGGCAAGUGUAAGUACACCAACUACAACAGUUUUCUCGACAUACUCAAGUGCCAGCACAAGUACUUCAACAUCAGUGUCCACAAGUGUCUCUAGAUCAACGUCGACUAGUGUGAGUACACCAACAACGUCAGUGUCCACGACAUUGUCAAGUGCUAGCACAAGUACUUCAACAUCAGUGUCGACCAGUGUAUCCACGUCAACUUCGGCUAGUGUGAGUACACAAACAACGUCAUUGUCUACGACAUUGUCAAGUGCCAGCACAAGUACUUUAACAUCAGUGUCGACUAGUGUAUCGACAUCCACCUUGACAAGUGUGAGUACACCAACAACAUCAGUUUCCACUACGUUGUCAAGUGCCAGCUCCAGUACUUCAACAUCUGUUUCAACUAGGUUGUCUACCUCAAAGUCAGCAAGUAAGUCGAAAUCAACUUCAACCUCUGCUUCAACAUCAAUUAGUGCUUCAACGUCCCUUAGCACAAGCACCUCAACAUCAAAAUCGGCAAGUUUUAGCACACCAACAACGACAGUUUUUUCGACAUACUCAAGUACGACCACGAGUUCUUCAACAUCAGUAUCCACUAGUGUAUCUACAUCAACGUCAACAAGUGUAAGUACACCAACAACAUCGGUGUCAAAGACCUUGUCAAGUGCAAGCACGAGUACUUCGACAUCAGUGUCGACGAGUGUGUCUUCUUCCACCUCAACUAGUGUAAGUACGCCAACAACGUCAGUUUCCACUACAUUGUCAAGUACUAGCACAAGUACUUCAACAUCAGUAUCCACCAGCGUGUCCACAUCAACAUCAACAAGUGUGAGCACACCUACAACGUCAGUUUCUACUACUUUGUCGAGUGCCAGCGCAAGUACAUCAACAUCAGUAUCCACCAGUGUGUCGAGAUCACUGAGCACUAGCACGUCCACGUCGCCUUCGGCAUCCACUAGUGUUUCAACUUCAAUCUCGAUUAGUACGAGCUUGACCUCUACCAGCACAAGAUACCUGGUGGAUGCUGAGGUCGAUGUCAACGUGCUACUGCUCAGUGAUCUCGACACACUGGUGGAUACUGAUGUUGAUGUACUCGUACUGACACUUGAAAAAGUGGUAGACAAUGACGUAGAUGGUGUACUCACACUAGUUGAUGUUGAUGUAGACACGCUGGUGGACACUGAUAUUGAAAUACUUGUGCUGGCACUUGACAAUGUAGUCGAAAUUGACGUUUUUGGUGUGCUUACACUUGUUGAAGUUGGUAUAGACACACUAGUGGACACUGAUGUUGAUGUGCUUGUACUCGCACUUGACAAGGUCUUAGACACCGAUGUUGUUGGUGUACUCACACUAGUUGACGUUGAUGUAGAUACACUGGUGGAUACUGAUGUUGAAGUACUUGUGCUCGCACUUGAGUAUGUCGAGAAAACUGUCGUAGUUGGUGUACUAACACUUGCUGAUCUUGAUGUUGAGGUGCUUGUGCUAAGAGACGUUGAAGCACUAGUUGAUGUUGAAGAAGAGGUUGAAGUUGAUUUCGACCCACUGGUUGAUGCUGAAGUGGACACACUGGAAGAUAUUGACGUUGAAGUACUUAUGCUGGCACUUGAAUAUGUCGUGGACACUGACGUUGUUGGUGUGCUCACACUUGUCGAUGUUGAUGUGGACACGCUGGUAGAUACUGAUGUUGAGGUACUUGUGCUGGCACUCGAAAAUGUCGUCGACACUGACGUUGUUGGUGUGCUCACACUUGUCAAUGUUAACGUGGACACGCUGGUAGAUACUGAUGUUGAGGUACUUGUGCUGGCACUUGACAAUGUCGUGGACACUGACGUUGGCGUACUCACACUAGUUGAGGUGGAUGUAGACACUGUAUCUACAUCAACGUCAACUAGUGUGAGUACGCCAACCACGUCAGUUUCCACGACACUGUCAAGUGCCAGCACAAGUACUUCAACAUCAUUAUCCACAAGCGUGUCUUCGUCAACAUCAACAAGUGUGAGCACACCAACAACGUCAAUUUCUUCUACUUUGUCAAGUGCCAGCACUAGUACUUCAACAUCAGUGUCGACUAGCGUGUCUACAUCCACCUCAACUAGUGUGAGUACACCAACCACGUCCGCGUCCACGACAUUGUCAAGUGCCAGCACAAGUACUUCAACGUCAAUAUCUUCCAGUGUGUCUACUUCAGCAUCAACAAGUAAGUCGAAAUCAACUUCAACCUCUGCUUCAACAUCACAUAGUGCUUCAACGUCCCAUAGCACAAGCACCUCGACAUCGACAUCAGCAAGUGUAAGCACACCAACUACGACAGUUUUCUCGACAUACUCAAGUGCGAGCACAAGUACUUCAACAUCAGUAUCCACCAGUGUAUCUACAUCAACGUCAACUAGUGUGAGUACACCUACAACGUCGGUGUCCAAGACCUUGUCAAGUUCGAGUGCAAGUACAUCAACAUCAGUAUCUACCAGUGUGUCUACUUCAACUUCAACAAGUGUAAGCACACCAACAACGUCAAUUUCCACUAAAUUCUCAAGUGCGAGUACAAGUACAUCAACAUCAGUAUCCACCAGUGUAUCUACAUCAACGUCAACUAGUGUGAGUACACCAACAACAUCAGUUUCCACGACAUUGUCAAGUGCCAGCAAAAGUACUUCAACAUCAGAAUCCACUAGCGUGUCAACAUCAACAAGUGUAAGCACACCAACAAAGUCAAUAUCUACUACUUUGUCAAGUGCCAGUACAAGUACUUCAACAUCAGUGUCGACUAGCGUGUCUACAUCCACCUCAACUAGUGUGAGUACACCAACCACGUCAGUGUCCACGACAUUGUCAAGUGCCAGCACAAGUACUUCAACGUCAAUAUCUUCCAGUGUGUCCACUUCAGCAUCAACAAGUAAAUCGAAAUCAACUUCAACCUCUGCUUCAACAUCAACUAGUGCUUCAACGUCUAUUAGCGCAAGCACCUCAACAUCAACAUCGGCAAGUGUUAGUACACCAACCACGACAGUUUUCUCGACGUUCUCAAGUGCAAGCACAAGUACUUCAACAUCCGUAUCCACCAGUGUAUCUACAUCAACGUCAACUAGUGUAAGUACACCAACAACAUCGGUGUCCAAGACCUUGUCAAGUGCGAGUACAAGUACAUCAACAUCAGUAUCUACUAGUGUGUCUACUUCAACCUCAACAAGUGUAAGCGCACCAACGACGUCAAUUUCCACUACAUUGUCAAGUGCAGGUACAAGUACUUCGACAUCAGUGUCCACCAGCGUGUCCACAUCAAUAUCAACAAGUGUGAGCACACCAACAACGUCAAUUUCUACUACUUUGUCAAGUGCCAGUACUAGUACUUCAACAUCAGUGUCGACUAGUGUGUCUACAUCUACGUCAACCAGUGUGAGUACACCAACAACGUCAGUGUCCACGACAUUGUCAAGUGCCAGCACAAGUACUUCAACAUCAGUGUCCACCAGUGUGUCUACAUCAACAGGAACAAGUGUGAGUACACCAACAACUUCAAUUUCUUCUACUCUGUCAAGUGCUAGUACUAGUACAUCAGCAUCAGUGUCCACCAGCUUGUCUACUUCCACGUCAGCUAGUGUCAGCACACCAACAACGUCGGUUUCUUCGACUUAUUCUAGUGGCAGUUCAAGUUACUCAAAGUCAAUUAGCACCAGUUUGUCUAUUUCGACCUCAAGAAGUGUGUCCACAUCGCUGAGCACAAGCACGUCUAAGUCAACUUCAGCAUCCACAAGUGUUUCAACUUCAAUCUCGAUUGGUACAAGCUUAAGCUCGAGUGCCUUGACUUCAACUUCAACAAGUGCAUCUACCACCACCUCUAUCAGCAGAAGAGUGCUGGUGCUGCUGCUGGUGCUGUUUUUGAUGAUAAUGAUGGUGUUGACAACAAGGGGGAGAAUUAUGAUGAUGACGAUGGUGGUGGUGUUGGAUAAGAGUUUUUGGCAAUGUUUUAAGAUAAGGUAUAUAUCGUCUUUCAGCAUUCCUACUUCAAGGUCCACUACAGUUUCAUCAUCAUCAUAUCAAUCGGUUUCUGAGAAGACGGCAGUCACGUUUUUCCCGUCAUCUGCAUACAGUCGGUCCUCUAAUGUACAGUAUUCAAUACCUACAUCAAGUAGGAAGCCGCCGAGUUUGAAGCCUCCGACGAGAUCCUCUACAUCAAGUGUCUCAUCUUCUAGCACGUCUACAUCAACAUCGCGAUCAACAUCUUUGAGUUCAAGUAAGUCAACAAGUGUGACGACAUCGGCGAGUACCAGUACAUCCACCUCAACCUCAAAGAGUGUCAGUACACCGACAACCACAGUUUUCUCAACAUAUUCCAGUGUCAGCACAAGUACCUCAAAAUCAGUAUCCACCAGUGUGUCUACCUCAACCUCGACUAGUGUGAGCAAUCCAACCACAUCACUUUCAACGACAUAUUCAAGUGGCAGCAAAAGUUAUUCAACUUCAGUAUCCACCAGUGUAUCAACUUCAACAUCGACGAGCAUAUCGACAUCACAUAGCACUAGUGCAUCCACAUCAAAAUCGACAUCAACUAGUGUCAGUACUCCAACAACCACAGUUUUCUCAACAUAUUCCAGUGCCAGCACAAGUACCUCAACAUCUGUAUCCACUAGUGUGUCUACCUCAACCUCAACUAGUGUGAGUAAAGCUACAACAUCGGUAUCCUCUCCUUUGUCAAGUGCCGGCACAAGUACUUCAACGUCAAUAUCCACCAGUGUGUCUACAUCAACCUCAACCUCUGCUUCAAAAUCAACCAGUGUUUCAACUUCCAUUAGCUCAAGCACCUCUACCUCAACAAGUUUUAGCACUCCAACUACAACAGUUUUCUCGACAUACUCCAGUGCCAGCACAAGUACCUCAACAUCAAUAUCCACUAGUGUGUCGUCUUCAACCUCAACUAGUGUAAGCACACCAACAACGUCAGUUUCCACUUAUUCGAGUGGUAGCAAAAGUUAUUCAACUUCAGCAUCCUCAACAACAAGUAAGUCAAAAUCGAUCUCAUCCUCUGCCUCAACAUCAACUAGUGUGUCAACUUCUGUUAGCACAAGCACCUCUUCAUCAACAUCUACAAGUGUCAGUACACCAACCACAACAGUAUUCCCUACAUACUCAAGUGCCAGCACAAGCACCUCGACAUCAAUAUCCACCAGUAUGUCCACCUCAACGUCAACUAGUGUGAGUACACCAACGACAUCGGUUUCCAAGACAUUUUCAAGUGCAAGCACGAGUACUUCGAAGUCAGUGACCACCAGUGUGUCUACGUCCACUUCUACAUCUGUUUCAACAUCGACUUCACCCAGUUCAAGUAAAUCAAAAAGUGUAUCAACAUCACUAAGCACAAGCACUUCCAUAUCGACCUCAACAAGUGUUAGUACACCAACAACCACAGUUUUCUCUACGUAUUCCAGUGCCAGUACAAGUACCUCAACAUCAAUAUCCACCAGUGUGUCCACUUCAACCUCAACGAGUGUGAGCACUCCAACAACAUCGGUGUCUACGACAUUUUCCAGUGCAAGCAGUUCAACAUCAGUGUCCACCAGUGUGUCUACCUCAACUUCGAGCUCUGCUUCAAUAUCAAGUAGUGUUUCAACUUCUGUUAGCAGAAGCACCUCCACGUCAACAUCGGCAGGUGUCAGUACACCAACUACAACAAUUUUCUCGACGUACUCAAGUGUCAGCACCAGUGCGUCAACAUCAAUAUCCACUAGUGUGUAUACCUCAACCUCAACUAGUGUGAGUACACCAACGACAUCGGUUUCUAAGACAUUGUCGAGUACCAGCACAAGUACCUCGACAUCAGUAUCUACGAGUGUGUCUACGUCCACCUCUACAUCUGUUUCAACAUCGACUUCAACCUCAAGAAGUGUUAGUAAGUCAACAAGUGUUUCAAAGAGUACAUCAAUAUCAGUUAGCACUAGCAUAUCAAAGACGACCCCAACAAGCACAUCGACAUCCACCAGUACAAGUACGUCGAAGUCAGCAAGUGUGUCCACUUUCAUAUCUUCUCGCACCAGCUCGAUGUCCUCGUCAUAUCAACCAGUUUCUGAGAAGACUACAGGCACUGUUUUCCCAUCUAGUGCACUAACAAGAAGUACAGGGACACAGUAUUCUAUACCUACAUCGAGUAGAAAGCCACCAAGUUUGAAGCCGCCGACACGAUCAUCCACAUCAAGUGUAUCAACCUCUAAAAGUUCUAGUAAGUCGACAAGUGUCAGUACAAGCACCUCAACAUCAGCGUCCACAAGUGUGUCCACUUCGACCUCAGCAACUGGGAGCACUCCAACGACAUCAGUUUCAAAGACAUAUUCCAGUGCAAGCACAAGUACUUCAACAUCCGUAUCCACAAGUUUGUCUACUUCAACCUCAACUAGUGUGAGCACUCCAACAACGUCAGUUUCCAGAACUCUUUCAAGCGCAAGCACAAGUAUCUCAACUUCAGUGUCUACGAGUGUGUCUACAUCCACCUCUACAUCUGUUUCACCAUCGGCUUCAUUAAGUUCGAGUAAGUCAACAAGUACCUCAACAUCGGCUAGUACCAGUACAACCAAGUCAACAUCAACAAGUGUCAGCACUCCAACAACCACAGUAUUCUCGACCUAUUCCAGUGCCAGCACUAGCACCUCAACGUCAAUUAGCACCAGUGUGUCCACUUCGACCUCAACAAGUUUAAGCACACCCACCACAUCUGCUUCCACGACAUAUUCCAGUGGCAGCAAGAGUUAUUCCACUCCAGUGUCCACCAGUGUGUCUACCUCAACGUCAACAAGUAAGUCGAAAUCAACCUCAACCUCUGCCUCAACAUCAACUAGUAUUUCAACUUCUGUUAGCACAAGCACCUCCACGUCAACAUCUACAAGUGUCAGUACACCAACAACAACAAUAUUCUCGACAUAUUCAAGUGCCAGCACAAGUACCUCAUCAUCAAUAUCCACCAGUGUGUCUACCUUAACGUCAACUAGUGUGAGUAUACCGACAACAUCGGUUUCUAAGACGUUGUCAAGUGCCAGCACAAGUACUUCGACAUCAGUGUCUACGAGUGUGUCU